UUUAGAAGCCUGGGAGGCAGGGAAUUCCGAGGCAUGCGUGGCUCCGAGGUCCGACGGCUCUGUGGGCAGGUCUUACGGAGGCACAGUUUUGCUUCCCUUGCUUAUCAGAGUAUCCACUGGUCUUCCGUGAAUUCAUUGCUAGUUGCCUUACCUUCUUCUCUUCAACACCUGGGAUACAGAUUCAUUGGUACCGGUUCUCAACAAACUGGAACAAGCUUGCCACCUGGUAGCUCCAAGCCAGAUAGCAGCGAUGGUCCUCACAAGUCCCUGGAGACUCUCACCUCUUCUGUAGAGCAUCAGAGAUCAACCGACAUCAGCCACUUGAAAUUGGGGAAGGUAGCUGAUUCAUUUUUGGACAUGGGAUUCAGUCAUUCUCAAAUAAAGCAGUUGUUCAGUGUGCAGCCCAGGCUACCUUCUCAGACUAGGUUGGCUGUAGUUUCAGAACUUCUCCUCCUGGGUUUAAGCACUGAUUCUAUACUGAAGGUCCUACAGAAGAGUACUGAACUGCUGAAAAUGUCACCAAAACGCCUAAAGGAUCGUGCAGAUCUUCUGAGGAAACUCAACUUUAAGGAAGGUGGUCUGGAACAUGUAGCAAUUCACUGUCCAAGCAUCUUCACCUUGCCUCAAAGCAGAAUUGAGGCCCUGAAGGAUUUACUCAAUAAAAAAUGCCUCUUCACAGUUGAGCAGGUAUCAAAAAUUCUACAAACAUGCCCAAAUGUCCUGCUAGAAGAGGUAGAUGAUCUAGAAUACAAAUUCCAGUUUGCCUAUUUCAGGAUGGGAAUUAAACAGAGAGAAAUAGUGAACGCUGGCUUCUUCCAAACAUCACUGGAUGAGAUCAAGAAUCGGUGCAUCUUCUUAGAGCGCUUGGGACGCUAUCAAACACCUGAUAAGAAAGGACAGACCCAGAUUGUGAACCCCAAACUGAAAACCCUAAUCAGAGCUUCUGAAACUGACUUUGUGACCAAAAUAGCCUGUUCUUCAAUUGAGGAGUAUGAAGUUUUUAAGAAAUUGCUGGCCUGUGAAGAAGAGAAGUGGAAUGAGGAUGGGACACUGAAAGUUGAACAUUCAGAUAUGGAGAGUGAUGAAGAGUCAGAUACAGAAUAAGGAGAUGAAAUUAAAAAUCUAACUUCUGAAUGGAUGCAAUCUA